AUUUUUAUUUAAAAAAAAAUGAUAAAUUUUUAUCAAAAAUUUAAAAUAAUAGUGAAAGUUCCAUCGCAAGGACAACAAGCGCAACGUCGUCAAUUUUUGACGCCCGUUCAGCAAACACACAUUUUGAGUGACAUCCAGCAACAUCAACACCGCUUCAAUGUACACAACAAUCAAUUCACGAAAAAUGUCGGAGUUCGUCAGGCACAAAGUAUCAACAAUCGCGUGACUUUUGUCCAGCAACCAGCUGUUGGCGCCCAAUUACCCUCCCAAACACAAACAAUCCAAUUUUUGCCGCCCACGGGUCCCAAUCAAUCGCCUCGUCAACUCAUCUACGUGCCACAAAACCAAGUAGCUUCCGUUCAACAGCAACUGUCAAAGGUGAAUUUGCAAGCACAGCCCUUGCAGCAUCACACCCAAACGCAAUUCAUCCCGAACUUUGCUCAGCAACAACAACAAAACAAUCGUUUGUCCCAACGAGGCGUCCAAAGUCAAAUCGGAAGUCAAUUCCAUUUGCAGCAACAACAACAACAAGUCUCUCAAAACAACAAUUUCCAAUUCCCCUUGUCCGCUAACACCCAAACGACUGGAUUACAGGAACAAUUCCCGCCUUUCAACCAAGCUCCUGUGCGAUUUAACAACUUAGCUCCUGUGGCGCCAUCUCAAAAUGUCAACACAAAUACCGUUAACCGCUUCCCCAGUCCACAAUUCAGACAACAAGCAUCACAAGCGCCAUUUGUCGCAUCGCAACCCAUUCCGACAAAUCCUCAAUUUACCUCGAUCAACCAACAAGUUCAGCAAUUCCCGACGCCACAAAAUCAGCAAAACCCUCAGAAUCCAAUUUUCACGAUUCAACCAUCGAUUGGCAAUCAAGUUGAGACAAUCAUUACCGAAACUCGCGGCGAUGGAACGCAUCAACAACCUUUCUUUACGCAACAAGCUUCUCUCCAAUCUCAACAACAAUUUUUGACUCCCAGCACUGAAAAUCAACGCGAAAAACAGCGAUUGAUUCAAAAACAUGAACAAUUCUUCGCUAAACAAUAUGCUAAAGAACUUGCCCGUGCCGAAGAACUUCACAAAGAAUUCUUGCGAAAACAACAAGGAAUCAAGUCGAAACAUCAAGAACUCCGUCAUCAAGCCCAUCCUCAAUACAAUCCCACACAAGGUCGCGUCGUUUUGCCAUCCGAACAAACGUACUUCCAAGAAGCGUUGCGUCAAUACAACAUUGAACAUCCAACGACAACUACAACUACGACGACGACAACGACAACGCCCGCGCCAACAACGAAGCCCCGCACAAGCAAAGCCACAAAAUCGACAACGAAGAACAACGUCAAGGAAAUUUACGUUGAUAAUCCCGCCGAUUUGAGUACUUUGCUUGCGACGCAAAAAGAUAAACUCUUGUCAUUGUUACAAAAAGACUCGGAUGCUUCAAUUUCAAAAUCCAAAGCAGGCAAAUCCAAAUCCGGAAAGGGAGCUGGCAAGGAAGACUUGUUGAAACAACUUAAAUUAGCUUUGGCCAAUCAACCACAAGAUUUGGGAGACAAGGAAGUAGACACCAUGGAUCUCGUUCUACCCAGCGGCGAAAAAGUUCAAGUUAUCCGAACCUCUGAUCCGGAGUUGAUUCGUCGUGCCGGCGCUGAUCCUUCACAAGUUAUCACGCAAGAAGCUGGACCCAAACCACAAACCUUCGAUACUCUCGAGGAAUUACAGAAAAACUUACCGGAAGGCGCUGACUUUGAAAUCAUUAAGCAAACGUCAGAUGGACGUCAAGAAGUUGUCAAAGUGCCGCCAAAGAAAAAAGUGACAUUUGUCUAUUUGGAAGAGCAGAACGAUGGUUCGUACAAAGUUCAGGGCGUCAAAGGCGAUAAAGAUAAGGAAGCAAAAACGUCUGGAGCGGAAGUUGAUAAUAUCUUGAAACGCAUCAAAAAUGGCGAAAUCAAACUUCCCGGAGAAAGUCAACUUGCCGAAGAUGAAGAACAAAUCCUCGCCAAUACGCCAGUUCCUUCUCGCAGCUCAGCGGUUCCCGUUUCAACGACCUAUAGCAAAUUUUAUCGUUCAACAACGAGAGUUCCCGCCAAACACACCGUAAGUCGUCAAACCUAUGAAUCGACUGCGGAAACUGCUUCGCCAUAUUCAACCAUCGCUACUUUCCUGCCAACGCAAAAUACCGCGAGAAAUCAAUAUUUCUCAUCGUCGAGAUCAACGACGACGCCUCGAAGCACAACAAGAACGACAACGACGACAACUGAGGCUCCUGUCACGACGCCACACUAUGUCGACAAUGAAAAUGUUUAUGAACCAUCGCCAAGUGAGGCGUCGGAAGUUUCCACGAACAUCAAUGAGUUGUCGAACAUUUUGAAGGCGAAUAAUUUGUAUGCGAUGGCAAAAUAUUUGAAACAAUCGGGAUUGGAUUCGAUUUUGAAUGAAACGGGACCGUAUACGGUAUUUGCUCCGACUGAUAAGGCGUUUAAGAGUUUGUUGGUGCAAUUGGGAGGACCAGAUAAGGCUGAAGAGAAGUUUAAGAAUAAUCCACGAUUGUUGAGUGGGCUCUUACUUCAUCACGUGAUUCCCGGCGCCUUUGAAAUCGGCUCAUUACAAGAUGAGAUGACCGGAGUUUCACUCGCUGGCACACAAUUACGCGUCAAUCAAUAUACCAUGCAAAAUCCCGAAUGGAAUGAAGUUACAUUAACGACCGUUAAUGGCGCCAUGAUUGUCAACGACAAACAAGACAUUCAAAUUCCCCAAGGUAUUGCUCAUGCCAUCGAUCGAGUUAUGUUCCCGCUUCCUGUUGGCGAUGUCUUGCAAACACUUCAAUCUGACCGCGAACGACGAUUUACCAACUUUUUGAGAGCUUUGUUCACCUCUGGCAUGUCAGAUACCUUGCAAAACAAAGGUAUCAAAACGUACACAGUAUUCGCUCCAACGGAUUCUGCCUUCCAAACGAUGCCGCCAGAGGAAUUGACCCAAAUUAGCACUGACAAGGAAGCUGCCGAGAAAUUCGUGAAGAAACACGUCGUGCCAGGAACUCUUUUCACCGCUGGCAUGCGUUUCUAUCAAGUUAAGGAUUCGAUGGCGGAAGGUAAAACUGUUACUUUGCAGAAAAAUGGAGGCAAAAUCCGCGUCAACGAUUCAACAAUGGUUUCAUCAAAUAUUCCAGCGACGAACGGUGUCAUCCACGCCAUCGACAACAUGCUGUAAAAAUUGCAAACCAAGACGAUGACGA